GCAAAACGACUAGUUAUCCUAGCUAAAUGCAUGACAAAUACAUGCUAAACAGAUGCAAAAUAUAGACAUAUCAGUAUAACAAAGCCGACUACAGAAUUUACAGCACAAGAUUACUCGUUUCUGAUGGCUACAAAUCUCGAGUCAGCUUUUCAUCUUUCACAGCUCGCACAUCCGUUAUUAAAAGCUUCGAGUUUAGGGAGUAUCGUGUUGAUGUCCUCUGUUGCUGGAAUUGUGCAUACCGGUUCAUCCAUCUAUGGAGCAACUAAAGGAGCUAUGAAUCAAUUAGGAAGAAACUUAGCAUGCGAGUGGGCAAGUGACAACAUAAGGGUUAACUCCGUGUGUCCAUGGGUCAUAGCAACUCCUUUAGCUAACGAUGGUCUUAGGGAUGAAGAAUUUGGAAAAGCAGUGGAGAGUAAGACACCAAUGGGGCGUGUAGGAAACGCAAAUGAAGUCUCAUCGCUUGUGGCAUUUCUGUGUCUUCCUGCAGCUUCUUAUAUAACAGGUCAAACCAUUUGCGUUGAUGGAGGUGCCACGGUCAAUGGCUUCUCUUUUAAGCCUCAACACUAAACCGUUGAUUGUUUUGUUUUCGUUUGUAAUUUCUUAAGUUUAUUGAGUUUUUUUUUUGGAACCAUAAACUGGCAAUAUCUAGCAUCUUGAAGGAGACCUUUUCUUUUGUUAAUCAUAAACAAAUAUGUAA